CCAAAUUCAAAUUCUAUCGAUCUCUCGACUUUCCAAGAGUACAGUGCCGUUACCUUCUACGGUUCAGUUACACCGAUCCAAUUUCGAAAUAUCUCUCUCUCCUCUAAAAGUCAUUGAUUCAUUUGGCUGCGUCUUAGUUAUGUCUACUAUUCUGCGGCCGUGACAAGGAAACCCACCUUUGAUAUAAUCAAAACCAAACAAACCCCAGUUACGCCGACGGAAAGUUUCGUGACUUUCAUGGAUGAUUGACUGAUUGGAUCAUCGGGGGUAUUCUCUGUCCUCUCUUUUGCGGAUCUUUCUUUCCAUUUGUCUUCCUAUUGCCAUGGAAUCGCCUGACAACAUCUCCAUGGAGGUUGAAGCAGCGGAGAAGCUCAUCCGCAGGUGGGACUCCACCGCAUCAAAGGAGGCCAGGGAACGAAAGAUUUUCGGUGGUGGCGAUCGUCAGGAACUGGACCGUUACUUGAGGGCGGUCGACGAUGUUCAACGGUCCAUGGAAUCCGUUUCAGUAUCUGGAGAUGCAUCUCCCGGUGUUGGUGGUGGCGGUGGUGACCCUGGCAAGGUCAAUGGUGCCACCCAGAUUGCCAUGGCUCAUCUUGAAGAUGGAUUCCGUAACAUCCUCAUCAUCCAUACCAACCCAUUUGAGUUUGACUCACUCCUAGGCUCCUAUUCUUUUUCAACCCGCUCGAGCAGCUCGAGAACCGACGGCUCCAGCGAAUUCGAUAUUGAUUAUGACUACCCAGAAGAUAAUGGAGGAGGAGGAGGAAGUGGACGACGCAGCAGCAGCGGAGAAGAAGAGCUGCAAGAGGGGGAAGGAAGUAUUAGCAACAGCGGGAGUCGUACUCCAAGCUACCGUUCCACUCGUAGUAUUCGUGAGAUCGAUUUGAUCCCAUCCGAAGCCAUCUACGACCUCCGUAGCAUCGCCCAGAGGAUGGUCACUGCUGGGUACUUGCGCGAGUGCAUUCAGGUAUAUGCGACUGUCCGCAAAUCCGCCAUCGACGCCAGCUUCCGCCUCCUCGGCAUCGAAAAGCUCAGCAUCGGCGACAUCCAGAGGCUGGAGUGGGAUGUCCUGGAGUCCAAGAUCAGGCGCUGGAUACGCGCUGCAAAGGUCUGUGUUCGUAUCAUCUUCGCGAGCGAGAAACAACUCUGCGAGCAGAUCUUCAACGGCCUCAGCCUCACCGCCGACGACGCGUGCUUCAUGGAGACCGUCAAGGGUCCCGCCAGCGAGCUCUUCAACUUUGCCGACGCCAUUAGCAUCAGCCACCGAUCACCAGAGAAGCUUUUCAAGAUGCUUGACCUCUACGACGCCCUGUCCGACCUCUUGCCGGACGUCGAAGCCGUGUUCCAUUCCAAGUCAUCAGAGUCCGUCCUCGUCCAGGCCGUCGAGAUACAAUCACAGCUCGCCGAAGCCGUUAGACGGAUACUGUCGGAAUUCGAGAACGCCGUGCGACGCGAGACCUCCAAGACCCCGGUUCCAGGCGGGACAAUUCACCCUUUGACGAGGUACGUGAUGAACUAUAUCAAUCUCAUUUCUGAUUACAAGCAGACCCUUCUCGACCUCAUCGUGUCCGUGCCCUCGACUACCUUACGCUACUCCGAUGAUCCCACAACGCCGGAUUUGGAGUUUCCGGAGCCAGAGAACCGAUCGCCGCUGGCCCUUCAUCUGCUUUGGAUUAUUGUGAUCCUGGAAUCGAAUUUGGAGGGGAAGUCCAAGCUCUACAAAGAUGACUCUUUGACUCAUCUUUUCCUCAUGAACAAUGUUCAUUACAUUGUUCAGAAGAUGAAAGGUUCGCCCGAGCUCCGAGAAAUGAUCGGGGAUGACUACCUGAGGAAGCUAAUGGGGAAAUUCAGGCAAGAAGCGAUGAGCUACCAGAGGUCGACAUGGGUGAGGAUCCUCCACAGCCUGAGAGACGAGGGGCUACAUGUAAGUGGGGCCUUCUCUUCUGGGGUUUCGAAGACCGGUUUGAGGGAAAGGUUCAAGACCUUCAAUGCCUUGUUUGAAGAGGCUCACCGGACUCAGGCCACAUGGUUGGUACCCAAUCCUCAGCUGCGUGAGGAGCUCCGCAUAUCCAUAUUGGAGAAGCUCAUCCCGGCUUACCGGUCGUUUCUAGGUCGGUUCAAAAGCCAUAUAGAGAACGGGAAGCACCCAGAGAUGUACAUCAAACACUCGGUAGAGGACCUCGAGACUGCUGUCUUGAAUUUCUUUGAGGGUUACCAACUUUCCCAACACCAUAGGAGGAGGUGACAGUGAAGGAAUGAAUGGAUUCAGUUAGCUAAACGCUUGAUUGUUGCUGUUUAGAACCUAGAAGAUAUUUUUUUAAUUUUUGGAAAUAUGUGGGCAAUCAGAUUCCGGCCAUCCAAAACGGGUUUUGUUUGAUUCUUAUCUUCUGAAAACCUUAUUUCAGUCCCACAUGAUUUUCUGCGGAUUGAGAGAAACAGGAAUUGCCGAAUUAAGAAAUUCAGGUGGAGCUCUUCAGAGUAGCAGAGACCCAUGCCCAAAUCCUGCUGCCCUGUACGAAAAUUGAUUCAUUUUGUUACUACAUUCUAAAAUUUGUUUCACUUGUUCAUAUAGAUAAUUCUUCUUUGUUUCUCCUGAUGUCUAGAAGCAAUUUCCUUUUACUAAUUUUGAUUUUGAUGGAUCGGUGGAUUAAUUACUAUUCCUUGUCAUGCACCUGUGGAUAUGUUCAACAUUUUCCUCUAGAGCAGGAGGCUUGUGGA